AUGGGGCAGUGCCCGUGUUUCGGCGGGUCGGCGCAGGCGGCGGAGCAGGAGCGGCGGGCGGAGGCGGACCGGCGCGAGUCGGAGGACGCCCGCGCCAAGGCCGCCGAGGCCGCGCAGAGGAGACAGGCGGAGUAUGAUAAAUCAGCAGCUGGAAGGGCAGCCAAAGCACAGAUGAAAGCAAUGAAGGAAUCCAAGACAUCAAACCAAGGAGGAGAGCCGGUUCUUAAGUGGCAGAUGGGAUCAUAA